AUGCAUGCAGAAUCUAAGCUUCGUAAGGAAAAUCAUGAACUGAAAAGAGAAAUAAUAACAUUACGCAAGAGAUUUGAAGCCUUAAGAAAAAAACAUUACCGAAAGUCGAAAAAAAUUGACGAAUUAAAUAAAGCAUUCCAAGAAAUUAAAGAAAAAUAUCAACAAAUCACUACAAAACUUAAAGAACAUGACUGUACGAAAAAUGGAAGAGUUGAAGUGAUGGGCAAUGACGAUGAUACACCUACGAAGCAAGCAGAUAACUUCAGAAAAGAGAAUUUAACGCAUAUUGACGCCUCGAAAAAACAGAUAGUAAAAAGGAAGCUACUGGAACACAAUGAUUUGACAAAAUCACUGAAGGAGGAAUACAAAAAAUCUGUUGGAACGGAAAAGAACACUUUGAAAAAAAUUGUAACUAGCGAAAUUGUUAAAAAAAUAUAA